ACGAUUGCCUGUUGCAGUUGUUCGAGAGAUGUCCAGUUUGCAGCUGAACAUGCAGCAUAGAGAAGUCCAGAAAGGGGGCCUUCAUCAGCCACAUGUUGGCAAGUAUCCGGGCCAGCAACCUUCACCUGUCAGCAGCAAAAGCUUUCACAGGCUCAUCAUUUGUACAAAUACAGAAGGUGGAGUUCUUUGAGCCCUUCUGGUACGGUGGGGAGCCCCGUGUCGGGGAGAGGGGGGCCAGGGGGUGGAGAGCCUGGCUCCAACCCAGUGAACAAGCUGAUGAAGAUGGUGAAGAUCAGGAGGAAUCAGAGGUGAAGAAUAAGACCUGGCCCAAGUGGAGGAUCUGGUUGGACGUGGAGACGUCACGUGAGAUCAUCCAUUGGCUGCCGUGGAGGCCAGACAAAACCAAAGGCCAAUCAGUGGAGGACUGUGAGGACCCAGACCAACAGGUGCUGAGGUACGUACGUGGCAGAAACAAGAAGCGUGUGAAAGCCCAGGGGAAGAGGAGCAAGUGCUUGGCCAAGCGCCGGCUGAAGCCUGUGGGGGAAUCUGGACGAGGCUCACAAGGCAGGUCUGGUUGCUAUUGCGACACCUUCUCCACCCUUCCAGAAAACGGCCUAAGCAACCGUAUCCGCUCGCUAUUUGAGAACGCCAUAGCAACAGAGCACGGGGUCCACUGUCCGUUGCUGUGGAGGAUGUACAUGAACUUCCUGGUGACAGAAGGGAAAGUGGAGAAGCGAAGAGGGAUCUUCUACAAGGCUCUCCAGGACGUCCCAUGGGCCAAGGGUUUAUACAUGUACGCGGUGCAGCUCUUUCCUGAGCACGUGCAGGAGUUCCUGGACCUGAUGACAGAGAAGGAGCUCAGACAGAGUUCCCAUGGAGGAGAUAAAGAAUGUAAUGAUGAUGCGUUUCCUUUCCGGGAAGACUGCGAGGUUGACACAGUGUGUGGAGAAGCUGUAUGUCAUCACAACCAGUAUGUCACCUGCCAUGUCAAUCGCUGUGGCACCUGUGAACCUGUGUUCCGAGGCUAUGACAACAUCACUGUCAACUGCACCCAAUUGACUCCCAAGUGUCGUCUAAUACACCUGGAGAUGUUGAGCAAGCACAGAAUGGGGACCAUGUUACCUGGGGGGAGUUCAGAGACAAAGUACCACCCAGACUGUGAUGGAGCUGGUAUGUUCAGACCUAAACAGUGCAGAGAGGAGGACGCCAACCUAUGCUGGUGUGUUAACAAGGCUGGAGUCCCAGUCUCUGACAAGACGCAUGACCCCCUCAAAUGUGAAUGGCUGGUCACAGUCCAUGUCAUUGAUAUUCAAUUCGCAUUUAAAGUGGCGUUCACACCUGUUGCAAAAACCAUGGAUGAGAUACGAAGGCAGUUGGUAUUAAAGCUGGACAGGGAAUAUACACUGGAUAAAACACAGAUCUUAGACAUAACUGUGCGGGAGCUGUACCAGGUAGUGUCCAUCCGCCUGACUGACAACAGGACAGACAAAGAGCCAGUGGACAUAGCAACUGUGGCCUACUACAUUGAGAGAGAUGUGAGACAUUUUAUUUUGAAAAGCAACACUUUUGGGUUUGAGGUGGACGGUUGGAGACUAGAGGUGGUGAGGGACUCCGUCAAGGUCCUAUUCUUUCACUAUGACCACCCACACAUGGACAUGAUGACCAUCAAUCCAGGCGUUGCUGCCCUCAUCAUUGCUCUGGCCAUUAUCAUUGGUGUUUCUGUAUCUGCGGUGGUACGAAGGAAAGCUCUGCUGGAGAGAAGGAGAUUCCAGUUUGAAGUCAUUGAGGUUCAAGGGCAGGACAACCACAUGGAACAACAAGAAGCUACCAUGACCUACUUUGUUAUGUGACAUCGUACUUUAAUAUCUUUGUUGAUUGUAGUAGAUUUGUUUUCUCUUCAUGUUUGUUUUUUUAGUUGUCACGCAUUUCAUUUAUAUGCAAAGUUGCCAAAUUAUCUCCUUCCCUGAUUGAAACAAUAGUCAGCUGUACAUUUGGAAAUAUUGUAAUUGGUUGAUUUCUUAACAUGGAUUCUAUCUUGUAGCUUUAAUCAAAUAUUAAAACAAGAAUGUACUUUAUUUGAAAUAAAAAUCUGAACAGUU